GGGUGUUUCGCUGCCGAGCUGGGUUUGGGAAGCUGCAUCUGAUUUGCGGUGCGAAGGUGAGGGAACUGUGCAAGUUUGCCACACGCGUCGGGUAGCAGUAGGCUAACUGUGGUCUGCGCUGGACCUACUCUGCUCGGUCGAUGACAGCCAUUGUGGUGGGAAGUAAGCAGUAAGCCUGCGUAAAGACAGUUUUAGUUCUUGAGCAGAAAUCGAAAAUACGGGGAAUGUACUCAUUCCUGGGAAGGAAAGGGUAGGAAAGGGUCUCCUGUAGAUCUUCAAAGUUCUCCGCUCUUCCUCUUAAGUAAGUGAGCGGGAACGCGAUAAGAAAACAGUGUGUUGAUAUUUCGGCGAGAUUACCGUGUGAAACACGCACGCACGCAAGAGAGAGAGAGAGAGAGAGAGAGAGAGAGAGAGAGAGAGAGAGAGAGAGAGAGAGACAGAGGAUUCUGCGAUCGGUUGUGGAGGAGAGGGAGAAGAAGGCGCGUUGUUGACGAGGAGGGGAAAAGAAAAAGCAGUGUGUUGAGAGAGGAAGGGGUUAGGGAUUGCAUUAGUUUUGAGCGGUUGAUAGUAAUCGAUGGCAAUGGUGGAUAUGCGCAUGCAAGUGUUGAGCGCGGUACAGAGUCUGUACCAUGACUUCGACGUGGCAAGGCAAGCCGCCGCCAAUCAAUGGCUGAUGAAGUUUCAGAGAGAGAGAGCAGCUUGGCAGGUGGCAAAUGACAUUCUGAGCAGCGAGAACGUUUUCGGCGCGCAGUUGGAGUUGCAGCAUUUCGCGGCGCAGACUCUUCGCCGUAAGGUGUACGAUCAUCUUGAUGAACUGGCGCCAGAAGAGCGGAAUGCUCUCAUGCAUGCUCUCUUGAUGCAUGCGAGAAAAUUCAGCUAUGGACCUCCACAGCUUCUGAAGCAGAUUUGUCUUGCCCUUGCUGGGCUUGCACUUCAGUGCAGUGAAUGGGGGAACCCAGUGGAGCACCUUUUGAACAGCAGUGGAAUUACAGUCAGUGCAGAUAAUCCUGAGGGUAUAGAUGGCGGUCCACCUGCACUUGAGCUGCUUACAGUUCUUCCAGAGGAGGGGCUUGACGACAAGGCAGGAAAACCAGUAACAAGUAAAAGAAAGAAGGAGUUUCAUGAACAGCUGCUGUCACAGCGAGAGAGGGUGCUGGAACUAUUAGUUUUAAGAGCGCGGAAGAUGGAUGCAAAUGCACAGGCAGCCACCACAGAACGCCGCAAUAUACUUCGGUGCCUGCUCAGCUGGGUACGGAUUGAUGUGUUCAGCGGGUUCGCGGCAACUGUUCUUGCAAGUCAUCCUCUUGUAACAUUUGCUUUUGAAUCCCUCCAGGGACACCAGACUCAGGUCUUUGAGGAAGCUGUGGAAGUUCUUGUGGAGCUUAUAACACGUAUUGAAGGAUUGCCAAGAUUGCUUAUAUCAAAGGUCCUUCCACUGAAGGAUGCGUUGCUUGUGCCGGCAUUGCUCACACAUAACGAGGUUGUCGUCAAUGGCUUAUGCAGACUGAUGGCUGAGCUUGGCCAAGCGGUACCAGCUGUUAUUGCAGAAGCAACAACAGAGACACUCGCUCUCAGUGAUGCCAUGUUGAGGUGUGUGAUUCUCUGGAAGUCUAAUUGGGAGAUUGUUCAAUCUGGACUGCCGUUUUGGUCUGCUAUUGCUGUUCACAUCCUCAGCCUUCCAAGCACAUCUGAGCACAGGCAGCGGGCUAUGGCAGCUUUCAAGCCAAUGUAUACGUCACUUCUGGAUGGACUUGUGGUUCGUCUUCAGAUUGACGAUCCAGAAGAUUGCAAGGCUGGCAACGGGAAAGUUAGCCUUCCUGAUGGUUUAGUUGAUUUCCGCUACAAUGUAGAAGAGGCGCUUACGAACAUAUGCAGAUUACUAGGACCCAUUCCCUUCCUCUCACAGCUGUUGCGUGGAGUUGAGCACUGGAGCGCUCCUGGGGCAACCACUUGGCAGUCUGUUGAAGCGAAGCUUUAUGUGAUUCAGCUGGUUGUUGAGGAGGUACUGCUUGAUGGCCAGCACCCAGCAGAGCUUGUUCCUCUUAUGCAGUUUAUAGUGUCCCUGCCUUCGAAUCCUCUCCCUGUCCCAGAUUACGCAGUGCCAUUGGUACAUAAGUCAGCAGCUGAAGUUGUCGGGGCGUAUGCAGAAUGGCUUUGCAGUUAUCCUUCUGCAGCUCUUCCUCUCCUGUCGUUCCUGGCACUGGGACUCUCGUCCUCAAUUUCUACGAGUGCCUGCGCCACUGCUUUGCGCAAGGUUUGUGAAGAGGUUAAAGUAGUCGUCCAAGGGCCAACCGCUGUUGAGGGUUUGCUCCACAUUGGUGAGCGCUUGCACACACUACCUCUUUCGCUGGCAGAGGAGAGGGAUGUAUUGUGUGCGAUUGGCAAAGUGUUAUCGGCUGCGCCUAGAGGUCCUUGUCUUCUCCAGGCAGCGCAGAGGCUGUUUCAGAGUGUUCAGAAUGCUCUCGAGGAACUGUUGGAUCUGCCCAUGGAGAAAUCACCCAGUCGACAGCAGUCAGGGUCUUCAUCACAAGUCGCUUAUGCGAUGGCGCAGGAGGCAGCAGUCAGGGCACUCAACAGGUUGGCUGCUAUCUGCAGUGAUGUCUUGGCACCUCCUAAUGGGUGUUUGAAGGAUGACGACCCCAUGCUGUCUGUUUUGACAGUAGCAUGGCCAUUGCUGGAGAGGCUCCUGACGUCAGCUCACGCUGCCGAUUCCGGCAUUGCAGCUGGCAUAUGCAGAUGCCUGAUUGAGGCGAUGAAUGCCACAGGACAAAAGUUUGCUCCUCUUCUUCAGCCCUUUUUGACAGCUAUGGCUUCCGCCUUCACCUCCCUUAGAGCCCAUGCGUGUUUCAUAAAGGCAGCUGCCGCUGCGAUUCAGGAGUUUGGAUCCGAUCCGAAGUUCGCGUCUACUGCAAUCGAGAUCCUCCGAACGUUUUCGCAAGCGGAAGUAGCCAAGUCGUUAAGCACAAGGCAGGGGUGUGAUGCAGAGCCAGAGAUAGCUGAGCAAUACAUGCGCUUGAUGACAACCUUUAUAGUGCAGUGCCCAAGGGAUGUACUUGUGGCUGUUGAAGGACUGCUUGAGGUGGCGAUUACACGAGCUGCUGCAUGUGCGUCUUCGAGCCAUCGUCUGGCUGCACCCCAAGCCUUCUCUUUCCUCUCAGCAAUCUAUGAGGUGGCCGCAAAGCCUUUAUCCAAGGAUGGAGCGGCUGUCCAGCCAGCAACAGCUAGCGACGCACUUUUGAAUGUCUGCAUUCGGACAGGACCUGCAGUCAUGAGCGGCAUCGUACAUGCUUUGCUAGGUCUUCAUCCUGUGGGAAAGCUCCCGAAGAUCUCGAAGGUGUUUGAGCUUCAGUGUGCACUUUGUUUUCGGAAAACAGGAGGGGAUUUUGGAGGAGGUCUUGCUAUACUCCAGACUUGGAUUGCUUCUGCUCUACAUGCGCUCCCUCCUGGCGUGUUGGUACCUGGUGAAGCAGAGAUGGUGCUUUUGAGGUGGAUGGAAUCACUGGCAGCUGACCAGCGUCGGUUGGUUCUAGGACCGCUGCCGUUGAAUACGGAAAGGCCAGCGAUUGGAGGAAGGACAGUGGGGAUGGGACAGAUGGAUUCGUCGUUAAGAUGUGUUCUGCGAGAAUUCAUAGAGAACCACAGGUACACAACAUUGCAAUAGCAUUCGUUCUAGCAGGGAGAGAAAGGGAAGGGAAGGGGCAGGGGAGGGGGAGGGGGAGGGCAGGGAGUGCUUGCUAUUGUUUAAAUUCUGUGCCUUGUGCUUGCUCGAUUCAUCGAUCCAUUUAGCUCAAUAAAGGCUCAAUCUGUGGAGUGGCUGCAGUCCAUUUCUAUUCUCCUUGGCUGUGGCAGUGCUUUCACAUGUUGCCCCAUCCAUACAACCUUUGAGAAUCUUUGUUAAACAUUUUUUUCCCAUUUUAUGCAUGUGCAUUUGUGUGCAUGCCAUCAAAUGAAUGCUGCGCACACUUGAGAGAGAGAGAGAGAGAGAGAGAGAGAGAGAGAGAGAGAGAGAGUUCCAGGUGGGGUUGAAGGAAGAGGGGGUGAAUUUGUGCCUUGCGAUUAGGGUUGCAGGUGGGGUGGCCAGAAGAGGCUGUGAGAAUUUGUGCCUCAUGCGGUGGGUUUACGUCGCAGAGAGCUGGUGUCUGAGCGCCUUCACAUGCAUCACUGAGCCAGUGAAAGAUGGGUAGGAAAGUGCGGACGUCGUAUGUAGACAGGUGCACGUGUUGCAGAGGAGAAUAUAGAAAACGCAUUUUGGUGCAUGUAUGUGUCGUAGAGAGAUCGUCAAUCUGUCCACCUGCAAGGAGAUUGAAGUCCAGAGCAUGUGUGCAUACCUGAGGGGAUGAUGAAGCGGGGUAGAGAUGGAUGAGUAGCAGAAAAAGGCGUCACGGGGAGGAAUGGGGAAAGGUUGGUGUUUUCCCUCUGUGGAUUGCAUUCGUGAUUGCUGCAGAGAUGCAGGGAGAGUAGUAUGUUACCUGGUGGCUUUUUCACGGCAGGAAAAGUUUGUCGCAAUUCCUGAUCGUCUCGUUGAGGAUCGAUGAUGAUGAUGAUGAUGUUUAACCGGACGGAGUAGACCCGGACAGAGUAGAUAGCCUGCAGAUAUAUUGUUGCAGUUACUGAACUUACUGUAUCAUUACACGGCAUGGUCCAUGAAGUCUCUUCUUCGUUGCGAAGUGACUUUGGUGAAGUAAAUGCUUUCCCGAUACGAGUGUGGAACGAAAGCGAUUCAGCAAACACCUUCUCAGAGGCCAAGGUGGUAAAUCCACCUUCGCUUCAGAAGGUGGCUAAUCCACGAAGUUGCACGAGCGUAGAAAUGUCAGCGGUUAGUUAGGACGUCCUGCUCAAGGCCCUUAGCCGCCCUUAGGGGCCCUUAGUGGCCCUUAGUGGCCCUUAGCUACAGAAGGUGGUAAAUCGACGAAGGUGCAAGAGUGGAGGGCUUGGGCAAGUGGUAGCUUUUAUCUUGUCGAGUUCUCAACAAAGGAUUCACAGAUUUUGACUUUCGUCACGACAAAAUGCUGGCAAGAUUUCCGCCUUCGCUUCCUGGUUCAGGUUGAGAUGGGUGGGUGGGCAUUUAUCACAUCAACUGAUACGAGCAGAGAGCUGAUAUAGAGCCGACCUUAUAGCAUCGAACGAAGUAUUCUGCAAAGCAGCAGGUACAAACAAAACCAGUAUCCAUCCCAGCUGUGUCCUGUGUGCACGCGCCGGUUGACGUGGCGCCGCAGAAAAGCUCGACCUACGGGAAGAAAAAGAAGUGGUUGGUGGCGCCAGGUAGGCGGUAUGCCUUGUCCGAGCAAUGGUUCGGAAUGCGAGGGGGUGGUCAAAAUGUGUAUUGGAAGAAUGAGCCUGGUAGGUACUUACUACUUAUAUAUGGUUUAACAGGAAAAUGCCAUCAGAUCAUGGAUGGAGGCCCUGUUGCUACACUUUUAUUUUGAGGCACUUGUGUGUCAGGAAAGAGCACGGACACUCAGGUUUGACUGGAAAUCUAUUCUUGCAAAAUUUUGGUUGCUAUUUUCAGUGCAAUACCACCCCUUCUCUCUCUCUCUCUCUCUCUCUCUCUCUCUCUCUCUCUCUCUCUCACGGACACUCAGGUUUGACUGGAAAUUUAUUCUUACAAAAUUUUGGUUGCUAUUUUCAGUGCAAUACCACCACU